AAAAAACAAUCCAUAAAGAUACUUUAUAAUAAAUAUAGAUUUAUUAAAAACAAUUUAAAACACUUACGACGACGUUUUGCAACACUGAAAGACGCGCGCGCAACAUGCGUAACGGUAGUUGGCAAAGCUCGCGUGCCAUGGAACGCAGUGAAUUGAAACGCAACUGCUGGAAUGCAAGGCGAUGAAAUGAAAAUGAGAAUGAAACAAAGACAGCAGCAACAUCAUAUGGCAGGCGAAAAUGUUGUCGCACAUUGAGGAAAAUGCAUCGUUUUCUUAACAUACAGCAAAAUAUUAAAUUACGCAACUAUCAUCAGUUACUUUUGUAUUUUGUUGCUGUUCCAUUGGCUGCCACUGCUGCUGGAGGAAGUCGAAGAAGAAGAGGAGCUAGAGGAGAUAGUGACAGAGACGACGGAGAACGAGAGCGAGAUAUAAUUGAGGGUGGAAGAAGCAGCAGCGCAGCAGCAGCAGCAAGAGAAACAGUAGCAGUAACAACAAUAACGUAACGAUCGUAACGUAACUCAACGUAACGUGACGCACACAUAAGAUUCAAGUAGUCGAAAGUUUAUUAUUUCUUCAAAUCAUCUCUUAGUCCAAUACACACACGUACACAUUAAUUAACCCAACGCUGCCAGUGUUCCUAAGACAAAAAACAUACAAACAAACAAACAAAAGAAAAACCUAUCAUUGUAAUUCUAACGUAAUCAUAGCCGUAACGUAACGUAACACAACGCAACGCAACGUAAAGCGCCACCUACACAGCUCCUCUGCCAAGAACAUUUUUUGAUCAUCAUCAGCAUCAAAAUAUAAUAUAAAUCAUAUUAUUCAUAUUCACAUGAAUGAAUGUAUCGACACUCGCUUAUAUCAGCUCCAUCAAUCAACUGACACUGCAAGCAACAAUUGUUAAAACCACAUAAACCAGUGCGAAGCAUAAAACAACAAUCGUAACGUUGUUUUAGUGUUUCGUUAUCACAUUUGACCUUUUGCCGCUCAGCUGGCAAAGGUAAAAUAUGGCAACACCUCAAGUCAAAGACUUGGUGUUGCGUUCGCCAGCUGGCUCCUCCGAUACAAUCACAUUUGCCUGGCCAUUGCAAAUUGGACAUGGACAGGAUAAGCAUGACAAUGGCAUCGAUAUCAUCGAUACAAUUAAAUUCGUAUGCGAUGAGCUGCCAUCAAUAUCAUCCGCAUUCGAGGAGAUCAAUCUCAAUCACAUUGACACUGCCUGCUAUAAGACUAUGACAAAUCUUGUCGAUCGCUUCAAUAAGGCUGUCGACAGUAUUGUUGCAUUGGAAAAAGGAACUUCACUGCCCGCCGAGCGAUUGAAUAAGUUCGCUCACCCUAGCCUUUUAAGACACAUACUGCAAUUAGUUUACAAUGCUGCCGUACUCGAUCCGGAUAAACUCAAUCAGUACGAGCCUUUCUCGCCGGAGGUUUACGGCGAGACAUCGUACGAGCUGGUACAACAAAUGCUCAAGCAUGUCACCGUUAGCAAGGAGGAUACGUUCAUUGAUCUCGGUUCCGGUGUGGGACAGGUGGUACUACAAAUGGCUGGAUCGUUUCCUCUCAAGACAUGCAUUGGCAUCGAAAAGGCGGACACGCCCGCCCGCUAUGCCGAACGUAUGGAUGUGAUCUUUCGCCAGUAUAUGGGAUGGUUUGGCAAACGAUACUGCGAGUACAAGUUGAUCAAAGGGGAUUUUCUCGUGGAUGAGCAUCGAGAGAAGAUCACAUCAUCGACGCUUGUGUUUGUCAAUAACUUUGCCUUCGGUCCAACCGUUGAUCAUCAGCUGAAGGAACGUUUUGCCGAUCUACGAGAUGGCGCUCGAGUGGUCUCCUCCAAGUCCUUUUGUCCGCUCAACUUUCGCAUUACAGAUCGAAACCUGAGCGACAUUGGCACCAUAAUGCAUGUGAGCGAAAUACCGCCCCUUAAGGGCUCUGUUUCAUGGACCUGCAAACCGGUUUCAUAUUAUCUACAUGUGAUCGAUCGCACCAUUUUAGAACGCUAUUUUCAGCGACUGAAAACCAAGGGCGGUGGUGAUCACGAUCAUGUGGGCACUGUGCGCACCACACGCGAUCGUGCCAAGCGUGAGGCAAACGUUGGCCAGCACAACAACAAUCACAACAAUAACAACAAUCACAAUAACAACCAUCAACACCAACUGCGGGAACUGCAACGUGAGAGGGAGAGGGAGAGGGAAAAGGAAAGGGAGCUGCUCAGCAGCAACGGACCCGUUCAGCAGCAGCAGCAGCAACAACAGCAACAGCAGCGACAUCAAUCGCAAUCGCCAGCGAAUGUCAGUGGAGGCAGUGGAUUAGCUGCCUCCAAGACACGCCAACAACUGGCAACUGCACAGCAGCAGCAGCAACAACAACAGCAGCAGCAGCAGCAGCAACAACAGUUGCAGCAACGCAGUCUGGAUAUGGACAGCAGCACAGAGAGCGAUGGAGAUGGCGAGGCGACAAAUGGUAAUGGUGGUAACACCACCACAGCCACCAACACCACCUCAGCAUCGAAUGGGCCAAUGACGCGAAAAGUUUGGUCCGAUUGGUGCAGCUCCAAGGGCAAGAGUUCACAGUCCGAUGAUGAGGAGAACAACAACAGCAAUAGCAACAACAGCAACAGUCAAGCGGUUCGCGUGCCACGUGCCGUUGCCACAUUGAAGAAGCGCAAGAAGCUGACACGUAAAGCGGCAAUUGCCAGCAAAUCGGCAGCAGCUGCACAACGUGAAGCUGAAGCUGAAGCAGCUGCUGUGGCAGCGAUCGCUGCAUCUACCACAUCCACAUCGGCUAGCAAGGAUUCCAGCAGCAAAGAGGAUCAACCACGUGCUGGCACUGCUGGACCGGGACGCAAGGGACGCUUGAAGAAGGGACAACGUGGACGUAAAUGCUUGAAGAUAGCCGGAUUGGAUGUGUUGCACAAACAGACGGUGUUAAGCACCUCAUUGGAUGCCAUGACUAAGAAGCUGCCCGCCGCACCGGGCACUGUGGAUCAACAGCUGACGUCUCUGCUCACUGGAGAUAUGUCGCAUCGGGAAUUGGAUAUACCCGUCGCACCGCAAGAUACCCCUUAUGCCUUGCAAAUACUGCUCGAUGUGUUCCGUUCCCAAUACAUGACCAUGAUUGAGAAUAUGCGUUCGAGUGCAUAUCUGCCGCAGGUGCAGAAACAAAUUGCCCAGGAACAGGAGCGUAUGGCAAGAUUGAAGAACCGCGCGAAUCAAUUGGAUAAACAGAUCAAGGUUCUGAUCGAUGACAGUGUGACGUUGCUGAAGGUUCGCAUGAAUGAGCUGGGUAUUAAUGUGAAUUCGCCCAAUGAUCUGAUUGCUCAGGCCAAGGAGAUUGUCGGCAGGCACAAAGAUCUGCAACAUGCGGUCAGCAAGAUGCGCAACGAGGUCACCGUCUACGAGAGCGAACAGAAAUUGCUGCUCAGCAAACAGUUGAAGCAUUUGCCGGAAUAUCAGAAACUCUGUACGGUUACUAACGGUGGCAAUGGCAAAGUGAAGCUUGAGUUACCGCAGGAACUAUCCGAAACAGCUGCCCAGGAGCUGGUGCUCAAGGAGAUUGCAAAUACGUUGAGUCAACGCAAGAAACUGUACGCUCAAGUCUCAACCAUUGAACAGGAGACCAGCACAUUGCAAAAGUCCGCCGAGGAACGAAGCACAGCUGCCGUUCUGCUCGCCCAGGGCACCAACAUAAGCCUGGCGAGCAGCAGCAACAAUACCAGCAGCAGCAACAACAAUGUAACUGCGGCAGCCACAACAGCAGCGACAGCAGCAGCAACAGUUGCAGUGUCCGCGCAGUCCAAUUGCAACAAGCUGACGUCGGGAAAAUCAUCGCGACGAAGUCGUGAGCAUCGUGCAAGAUCCCAGGAAUGGCCAGAAGUGCCAGAGGUGGGCAAAAUACAGGAAAGCAAUCCGGAAGUCUUGGCACAAAAGAUACUGGAGACCUGUCGCCAGGUCGAGGCUGGUAAAUUUCAAUCUCUACCAGCGCCUGCAGCGCCGCCAACUACAAAUAACAAUACUAUCAACUUUAUCAAUGGCAAAGCCAAAACGGAAUCCAAAACAUCGCCAGCUUUGUACAAGGACAGCACAUUAAUGCCAGCGCCCAAGCAGCAAUCACAACAACUAGCGACACUACAACAACAACAGCAACAACAACAGCUGCAACAACAAUCACAAGCACAGCCAAGCUCAUUGUUGUUGCCCAAGUGCGAGCUGCCUGGACUCGGCCGCAAGCAGGAAUCACCAAAGGUGGCCAACUUUGAGGAUCGUCUGAAGAGCAUCAUCACAUCCGCCUUGAACGAGGAUCAGGAACAGCGCAGCAAGGCAUUGCCCAUUAUGGAGACACCAGCAACAACACCGCUGCAAUCGCCCGUCUCCAAGCGCAGCAAGCAAAUGGCACAAACAACAUCGACGGCCAACAAUUUGCACAACAUCAUUACCGUCUCGACACAGGGUUUGAUGCAUCUGAAUGCCAACACAACGAUAUCGCCCAUAACGCCACCGUUGCCGGGACCGCGUGCAGCAGCAGCAGCAUCGACAGCGCCGCCGCCACCGGCCAAUUUGCCCUACGGCAGCGCCUACAUCAGCAGCAAGCACCAACAACAUCAGCAGCAGCAGCAGUUGCAACAUCAGCAUCAGCAACUGUCGGGGAAAUACAGUCAAACAGCAAUUGCAAAGGAAUCAAAGUAUUCACCAGCAACAGCACGCUCAGCAGCAGCUGCACCACCGCCACCACCACCACCGCCACCUGCCACAAACAUGGCCACCUUGUAUGCCGGACAUGGUGCAACAACUGCGGCACCGCCAACACCCGCUGAUCUGGGCUUUCAUCGACGCCGUGCCUCGGUCAGCGCCAACAGCUAUGAGCAUUUUAUGGUACAACAACAGCAGCAGCAACAACAUGCACUUAUGCUGGCACAUGUGGCACAGCAACGCUUGCAACAGCAGCAGCAACAACAACAGCAGCAGCAGCAACAUCCACAUCAUGCGCAGCUUGGAUUGCUUCAUCAUCAUCAUCAUCAGGCAUCAGGCUCGGCAACAGAAUUCAAGGCGCCAGCUGAGAAUCUGUUGCAACGUUCCGGCAGCCGCGAGCAACUGGCAGAGCAACAGCAGCAACAACAGUUGCAACAACAGCAGCAACAGUUGCAACAACAGCAGCAGCAGUUGCAGCAACAGCAACAACACAGCAUGGAGCUUUUGCCACGAGCCAGUUCCGCCAACUCAGAUUAUCCUGGUUACCGUGUGGAGCGUUUAUCUGUGCGUCCACCAAGUCGACCAAGUUCGAAUUCCUCGCAACCGGACUACACACAAGUGUCGCCAGCCAAGAUGGCAUUGCGUCGUCAUCUGUCGCAGGAGAAGUUGAAUCAACCACCACAACCGAUGCCAACACCACCGCCAAUGGCACUGGCACCACCAGUAACUGCGGGCAAGACAAUUGGAGAUCUGGUGAAUGGUGAAAUCGAGCGUACGCUGGAAAUCUCACAUCAGAGCAUCAUCAAUGCGGCCGUCAACAUGAGCACCGCCGGCUCCGGCAGCGGCAGCUCGAGUGGUGCCCACUAUAUGGAACGUGCCUUCCUUGCCGAUCGCUCCAAUGAGCGGCUGCUGAUCAAUCUGCAUGCCCAACGGCCGGAACGUGUUCAUGUGCGUCCCUUGGGCGAAGAUGGCCCUGAACCGCAGCCCACCAAUUAUAGCCAGGCUACAUCGAGUACCGGCAACAAUCUCGCGACAUUAGCUCAUGUCGCGUACAACCAGAAAUCACAAUCUGCUGGAGCACGUGCAUCAUCGUCAGCGCGCUCAGCACGUGAUUAUCAACCCGUGGCAUUGCCACGUGCUGAGAUGAAGGGCUGCAUUGAGGCCUACUUCCACGAGGAGCAGCAGCAGCAGCAACAUCACCAACAGCAGCAGCAGCAGCAACAACAACAUCAGAAAUCCAAGAGCACAGCGGGUGGUGCGAAUGCAUUGCGUGCACCACGCUUAAAUGGUGCCAAUCCACCACUGGAAGGAUUAGCCGCCUCACUGCAGGAUCAUGUGCGAGCACGUAAACACAAAGAGGAGAACGAGGAGCGGCAACGACGUGCUGCAGCCGCGGUUUCCACAUUGGAAAUGGCGCCACAUUUCGCACAUCAGGCGCCGCCGGCCCACAGCUACCACCAACAAGCACAACAACAUCACACAACAGCUGGCAAUAUCAAUGGAACACCGCACAAAGUGGAGCUUGGAAUUAAGCGCAGCUCUCCGCUGGCGCCGCAUCAGCAGCCAUCGCGUCCCGCCAAAUUGGCACACUUCGAGCAGCAACCGCUUUCACAUGCGCAUCAGCAUUUGUAUGUGAAUAGCAAUGGUGGGCAAGCAUUGCCACCACCGGCUCACGAUGCAACCACACCGUCUCCGACACCAUCGUCAUCGUCCUCAUCCUGUGGCAGACGCAGUAAAUUGCUUGUGGAGCCACCGCUUUUGAUGAGUCCUGAGAUUAACUCGCUGAUGGGCGAUGAGCGACCGUUGCAGCUGUCCACGAGUCACCAGCAGUUGCACCACCAUCAGCAGCAGCACCACCACCACCACCACCAGCAGCAGCAGCAGCAGCCAUUGCAGCAGCAGCAGCAACAGUUGCGUGCAACGCAUCAAAGCAGUCACAGCAUUACGCCCACAAUUGGGGGCAGUCAGCGUUCAAAUGCCGCCGAUGAUGACGAUGUCAUUGCUGCCGACGAUGAAUCCCAUUGGCAACAUCGAGUUAGCUCCGGCUUUGAUCGCUUGGUGGCCUUUGCCAGCACCGAGUUGGACAAGACACGGCGUUCGAUUGAUGGCGACACGGUGCCGGCAUCCAUUAGUUGCAACACCUCGCCGGAUUCGGGCAUAACGCACAGCAGCAGCAACUCGGAUGCGGCACGCACAUUCUUGUCCACCUCGUCGAGCUCAUCGCAGCUGGAGCUGCCCAUCAACAACACUAGCAGCAGUAGCAGCAGCAACAACAGCAACAGUCUUUAUGCUAGCCAGGUGCACAAUCUGAGCCAUCAUUCAUACCAGCACACUCAUUUGCAGUUGCAGCAGCAGCAGACACUACAACAGCAACAACAACAGCAGCAACAGCAACCGUUGCAACAACAACAACAACAGCAGCAGCAACAACAUUUGACAGAUCAUUUGAGCGACAGCAGCAUGAAAUCAACAGCUUCCUCAUCGUUGCAUGCAAACAGUUCUCUAAAGACCAUUUCACCGGUGGAUCCCGGUGUCAUAGAAUCGCCGCCAUUGUCCGAUGUGGGCGUGCCACGUACGCCCAGUCCCAGUGCCACCAGUGUGGCGACACCACCGCUGGCGCAUGCUCCAUCGCUGGUCAAUGAACUGCGCAUACCGCUCAAAUAUCAGCGCAAAUCGAAGAGCGGCUCCGAGAAGCAUUACAAGAAGAAGUUCUGUGAGCGCAACUGGGAGUACGACUGUGAUGAGCUGUUGGCUUACUCAAACUCCAGUGCACCGGCCACGGCAGCAGAUGCCGCUGGCAAUGGCCCGCCCACAUUGGUGGACACGCCUGUUGGUGUGGCAGCAACGCCGUCCGCAGUGUUGAGUAAAUCGGGCAAAUCACCAAAGGAGAAAUCAUCGCCACAUCAUAGCGUCAAUUCGAAUGCAAAUGCCAAUGCCAAUGCCAGCUACCAUCAUCAUCACAAGUCGUCCAAGUUUCGGCCCAAGGGCAAGGAUUGGGACUGGUCGCUGGACAGCAGAAGCAAUGCUGGCGAGCCGACACCGAAUGGUGCCAGCGGUGGCGCCACUACAACGAGUAAUUAAUGUAAAUUCAUUUAGUUAAAUUGCUGAUCAUUUAAA